CGGUGCUGAAGCCGCGGCGGCGCGGAGCGCGGGGAGGAGAGGCGGCCAUGGACUGAGCGCCGCCGUCAUGGGGCCACCGCUCGCGCCGCUGCUUCUGCUGCCGCUUCUGCUGCCGCCGCUCCUGCCUGCCGCGCCCGCGUCCCUCGCCCGGCCGCUCCCGGGGCUGCUCGGCUGCUUACUGGAAGACGGCCUUUGCAGACCGUCCGAGACCUGUGUCAACGAUGGAGUGUUUGGAAGGUGCCAGAAGGUUCCAGUGACAGACACCUACCGCUAUGAGGUGUCACCGGGGGUCCUGCAGCACCUGACGACCACCUUGCAGAAGCUGUCCCGCACAGGUUUCACCUGGCAGGAUGACCACACCCAGCACGUGCUGGCCCAGGAGCUGGCCCACCUCCCCAGAGCCCACCUGCGGCGCCCCGGGGCUGCCCACCCUGCCAGGAGCUUACAGCCCAGCGCCGAGGACGAAAGAAGGCACCGUCCGGAGGGCAGCCUCGCGCUGGCCAAGGCCCUUGAGCGCUACUUGCCGUACCUGGAGGUCCUGUCCCAGGCCACCGCCCCGGAUGAGCUCCCCAGGAUGCAGCAGGAUGGACGGCCAGCUCAGGGCGAGGACCCCCUGGCUGACAGUGCGCUGACCUUCAUGGACCAAACGUCUGCUCUGACCUAUGCCCCUGCCUUCCGGGAGGGGCACCCCAUGGGCCACCCACUGCAGACCCUCAGCAGGCCCCAGCCUGACGACCUCAGCCCUAAGGGGGACAGAAGAGUGGACAAGCGGAAUGUCCUUGGGCAGCUGAUGUUCUACUUGGCUUACAGACCCCCCUCACCCACCAAGAAGGGCCCCCUCACGCCAUACGACCUAAUGCGCAUGCCUUGGAGAGAACCCCAGAAACGGCUUUCGCCCCCAGAAGACCCCAAUGAUGCCCCAGGCCCAGAUGAUGGAGCCCUUCUUCAGAGCCUGCUGGAGGAGCUGAGGCAGCACCAGGUCGAUGUGGAGGCACUGAGCCCCCGGGACCUCGACGAGGCGGCCCGCGUGCUGGCCGAGGCCGCGCGCGACCCCUGGAGAGGAGCCGGAGCACCGCCCACGGAGCCCGCGUACGGGCCGGAAGCAGCGCUCUUCGGAGUUGGUGACUCGGGCAGGGAGGGCCUGCGAGGUAACGGGGAGCAGGGCAGCGAAGCUGGAGCUCGCGGAGAGGUCAACCCUGUGAGCCUCAGACUCGGGCACGCCCUGCAGGACCCCGGGUCCCAACUCCCGCCCGGAGCCCCGCUUCCCGUGGGGAGCAAGAAGUCCGAGGACCCUGAGGCCUCCUUGUCUUCGGAGGAGGAUGCCGCCGGCAUGGAGAACGUCAAGAGCCAGACCUACUCCAAAGAGCUGUGGGAGCGGCCGCCGCACUGGGAGCCCAGGGUCGUCGGGGUUGGGGAGUCCCCGCACUGGGCCCCAGAGCCCCUGCGGGAGGACCCGCGCCUCAGGGCAGGAGCUCGCGGACGCACGGGCGACGGCCUGCGACUGGAGGUCAAGUCUCCGGGGGAGGACUACGGCUACAUCGUGACGGAGAGCGACCCCCUGAGCCCGGAGAAGGGGGAGGAGUUGAUAGAGGACAUCACCCGUCUGCUCAAGGUGCCGACGAGCGUCGUCACGGACACCGAUGUCCUGGGACCGGCAGUGACCUUCAGGGUGAGCCCCAACGUCCAGAACGUGACGACGGCGGAUGUGGCGAAGGCAGCAGUGGACAACAAGGACAACCUGGAGAGAUCGUCUGGGCUGAGGAUCCUUCAGGCCGGAGUGGGGUCGAAAAGCAAACUGAAGCUCCUGCCACCCCGCGCGGAGCCCGAGGACUCCACCAAGUUCGUCGCGCUCACCCUGCUGUCCGUGGCCGCCAUCGCGGGCGUCCUCCUGGCCUCGGGUCUCAUCUACUGCCUGCGCCACAGCUCCCACUCGCGGCUCAAGGAGAAGCUUGCGGGCCUGGCCGGUGACCCGGGCCCUGACGCCACCGCGGCCUACCAGGAGCUGUGCCGCCAGCGCAUGGCCGUGCGCACGUCUGACCGCCCAGAGGCCCCGCACGCAUCCCGCGUCAACAGCGUGUCCUCGCAGCUCAGCGAUGGGCCGCUGCCCAGCCCGUCCGCGCGGAGCAGCACCUCGUCCUGGUCCGAGGAGCCCGUGCCGCCCAACAUGGACAUCUCCACCGGCCACAUGGUCCUGGCCUACAUGGAGGACCACCUGAAGAACAAGAACCGGCUGCAGAAGGAGUGGGAGGCGCUGUGCGCCUACCAGGCGGAGCCCAGCAGCUCGCUCGUGGCCCAGAGGGAGGAGAACGCGCCCAAGAACCGCUGCCCGGCCGUGCUGGCCUACGACCACUGCAGGAUCCUGCUGAAGGCGGAGAGCAGCCACAGCGGCUCGGACUACAUCAACGCCAGCCCCGUGAUGGACCACGACCCCCGGAACCCCGCGUACAUCGCCACCCAGGGGCCCCUGCCCGCCACCGUGGCCGACUUCUGGCAGAUGGUGUGGGAGAGCGGCUGCGUGGUCAUCGUCAUGCUGACCCCCCUCUCGGAGAACGGCGUCCGGCAGUGCUACCACUACUGGCCCGACGAGGGCUCCAACCUCUACCACGUCUACGAGGUCAACCUGGUCUCCGAGCACAUCUGGUGCGAGGACUUCCUGGUGAGGAGCUUCUACCUGAAGAACCUGCAGACCAACGAGACGCGCACAGUGACCCAGUUCCACUUCCUGAGCUGGUAUGACCAGGGCGUGCCGUCCUCCACGAGGUCCCUCCUGGAUUUCCGCAGAAAAGUAAGCAAGUGCUACAAGGGCCGCUCUUGUCCAAUAAUUGUUCACUGCAGCGACGGCGCGGGCAGGAGCGGCACCUACAUCCUGAUCGACAUGGUUCUCAACAAGAUGGCCAAAGGCGCUAAAGAGAUCGACAUCGCCGCCACCCUGGAACACCUGAGGGACCAGAGGCCCGGCAUGGUCCAGACAAAGGAGCAGUUCGAGUUCGCGCUGACCGCCGUGGCCGAGGAGGUGAACGCCAUCCUCAAGGCCCUGCCCCAGUGAGCCCCGCGCCGCGCCGCCCGCGCCCUCCCCGGGACGCACUGUCCUCCCGUCUUGUCGCUGAGCCUGCCUCCCGCCAGGGUCCCAGACCCCGUAGUCCCCACAGUUAGCAGUGGCAACGUGCAUUUUCGUCCGGCCCAACGAGGAAACCGAGAGGCGUGCGGGCACAGCCAGGUCCGGGGCACCGGCCCGUCUGCGCUCACUGUCCCGGAAAGAACUUCGUUUUCCCUAACGCUGAACUCGCACUCUCGCCUGCGAACCACGCUGCGUCAAUGCCGAGGGGCCGGCCGGUGACCUAUACCCUCCUGGGGCGGAUGGCCCAGCGGAGGGGCCCGUGGAGGCCCCUAGGCGUAGGGACACGUCUGCCAUUUGUCUCUAGGAAGGGUCAUCCCCCAGGAACCACUGGCCUCUUCAGGAGUCAGAAGGGCGGGCGUUCCACAGCUUUGGGGCAGAUAAAGAGACGAACGUCUGUGCCUCCCCACCCCCCUCCUGUGCGGGCUGCUGACAGCCUCCCGGCCCACUGCCCGCAGCUCCGCCCCCGCCCCGCCCCCUCGAUGGGCAGAGGCGCGGGGCGGGGGGGGGGGGCAGGCAGCGGUGGAAAAGGAGGAGUGGGGGGCACUGUGGGCCCCGGGGACGUGCCGGGCCCUGCUGGCGCCCAGAGGAAACACUGCUCCCCGCGCCCAGAACCAGCGCGCGGGGAUGUGCCCACGGCACACCCCUCCCCGCCCUGAGAGCAUGGCCACAGGCUGGGGGUGGGGGGGCCUCCUCCUCCGGGGUCAGCCCCCGGCCUGACCCACGCAGACGUGAGCAGCCAGAGGUGGUCAGCGUUUGCCACAGGACACGUGAGUGUCAGACAGGCCCCCCCACACACACACACCCUGGAAACAGUUACUCCUUCACGCUCGGAAGGACCGCUCUAGGAGGGCGGGCCUGGGGUUCACUCAGGCUCCGCCCCCUCCCCCGCUGUCACCAUGCCCCUCCCUCUGAGCAGAGGGGCCGCCCAAGCAGGAGAGGCCAGACGGGGGCCCGCAGAACGGGGAGGAAGGUGCCAAAACACUGUCGUGUCUUUGCCGGUUCGCCUGUGUGUCCGCUGUACUAUAGCCGCAGUCCCCCCCCUCAGUUGUCCUCUUCGUCUGGAACCCGAGUGACUCACGACGCCGACCCCCAGAGCCCGGGGCGCAGAGGCCGACCUGUGGCGUCGGCCCCGGGAGGGGCCCUGCGGCGUGAGCCACAGAAACGCGUUUCCUCGUGCUGAUUAAACGUCUGCUUCGCA